AUGGAUGCAUCUGUCGAUAAGAUCCUUGCGGGCAAAUACCCGGCCAAGCACCAUGCAAAACGCGUCGCAGCUCGCAUCAGAGAGCUUGGGCAUGGCGAAGCUGGCGUCAUUUAUCUCGAAAGCCAGAAGACGCGGAUGAUUGAGGACAAUGAUGGUGAAAUGCCAUUCCGCCAGCGACGUAACUUCUUCUACUUAUCAGGCUGUCCUCUCCCUGACUCGUAUCUCACAUAUAACAUCGAAGAAGACCAUCUAACCCUCUUCAUUCCUCCCAUUGAUGAGGAUUCGGUCAUCUGGUCAGGGUUGCCUCUUUCGCCCGAUGAAGCGUUGGAGCUAUACGACGUAGACGCCGUCCUCUCAACGGCUGAUGUAAAUGCUAGUUUGGCACAUUACUGUUCGGCAAAGGAGGGCACAAAGGUUUUCGCAAUAUCUGACCAAGUUUCUCCGCACAUAACCUUUUUACCCUUCCAAGAAACAGAUUUUGAUGUUUUGAAACGAGCUGCGGAGGAGGCUCGUGUUGUUAAAGACGAUUAUGAAAUUGCUCUUCUCCGACGCGCGAAUGAAAUAUCUUCCAAAGCACAUGUGGCCGUUAUCAAGGCUGCUAAAUCUGCCAUGAACGAACGAGAACUGGAGGCCACUUUCAUUGCCACUUGCAUGUCUUAUGGUUGCCGAGAGCAGUCAUAUCAUCCGAUCUUUGCUGGCGGAACAAAUGGCGCUACCUUGCACUACCAGAAGAACGACCAAGAUUUAGUUGACAAAACUACUGGAGAGAAGAAGCUGAACAUGUUAGUCGACGCUGGAGGAGAGUACCGGAACUACUGCGCCGAUAUCACACGGGUUUUUCCCCUUUCAGGGAAAUUUUCUGCAGAGUCCCGACAGAUAUACGAUAUCGUCCUGGAGAUGCAAAUGACGUCUUUGGCGAUGAUCAAAGCGGGUGUAAUGUGGGAAGAUGUACACUCGAAUUCCCACCGUGUCGCCAUACGCGGACUACUCAAGCUCGGUAUCCUGCGUGGUACAGAGCAAGAGUUGUUCGACAAAGGGAUCAGCGUUGCCUUUUUCCCUCACGGUUUAGGACAUUACCUUGGCAUGGACACUCAUGAUACUGGAGGCAAUCCAAACUAUGAGGAUAAGGACUCGAAGUUCAAAUACCUACGUUUGAGGGGCGUUUUAGCAUGUGGCGGCGUUGUGACUGUUGAACCAGGGCUCUACUUUUGCCGUUUCAUCAUCGACCCUUAUCUCGCGUCUCCGGAGUUGGGAAAGUAUAUAGAUGCCAACGUGCUUGAAAAGUACUGGAGUGUAGGCGGCGUGCGCCUUGAAGACAACGUUGUCGUCACACAAAACGGCUAUGACAACCUAACAACUGCCCCGAAAAUUCCAGAGGAGAUAGAGAAGCUCGCUGCAGGGCCAUGA